GUUUUAUUAUUUUAUUAGUCCCUAAAAGUUGCACAUAUGCGUUUUUUACAAUCUCGUGCUAUUUUUUUCAUAUAUGACUAACAAGAAUGUCUUCAAAAACGGAAUCUGACAAAUUAAAAGAGCAUGUUCUUGAAUUUUUGUGUAACGAUAUCCAAAAAUUCUUGUUUAUCGACUGUUCAAGUUCCGGGUUAAACAUAAACGAAAUAUUUAGUGUUAUCAAAGGUCUUCAACUAGAUGCAGUUGCAAACAUUUUGGCCGAAACACUGAGAAACUACCAAGGGCGACAUAAUCAAGAUUAUUAUAAAUGGAAUAAUGAAAAUUUAGAAAAUAUAAUAAAGACAUCUCCUAAUUUGUUAAUAAUGGAUUUACCAGAAGAGGAAGAAAUUGAUAAAGAUCGAGUAAAGAAGAUUUUAGAUAUAGUAGAUGGAUAUUUGUUAAAAAAAAUGAUACUGUUUCGAAGAAAAAAGAUUUUUUUGUUGACUUAUUAUACAUUUGGAUCAUUAAAGCAGGUGUACUCAAACUUGAGAAAACUUUUACUCCUAUUCAUAAUAUGGUUCUAAAAAAUGAUUUAGGGGAUAUCACAAGAAUGGUUUCUGCAGGUACAGAUAUUAAUUUGCAAAAUGGAAAUAAGGACACAGCUUUACAUCUGGCGGUUGAAAAAGGGGCUAAGAAUUUAGUGCUUGAUUUGUUGAGACAUGGAGCAGAUGUUAACAUUGAAAAUAUCCAAAAUCGAACUGUGUUGCAUAUUGCACUGGAGAAACGCUUUUUUGAUAUAGUUAAUAUUAUUUUAACAGAAAAUAUAGACGUAAAUUUAAAAGAUUGGUAUGGAUAUACUGCUCUACAUUUAGCAGCAAGGAUCGGAAAUGUUGAUAUCAUCAAAAAACUUGUUGAAAAAGGAGCUGAUAUCAAUUGCGAAGAUAUAUUUUAUUAUACGCCGUUGAUCUAUGCUUGUGAGGGUGGAAAAGACGCAGUAGAGUAUAUAUUACCCUUGGUAAAGCACUUAAAUAUUCAGGGAACUUUGGUACACGCUGCGAAAACUGGUAACGGUGAUGUCAUUAAUAUGCUAAUAAAUUAUGGUGCUAAUGUAAACUUAAAGAAUCAUAAAGGGCUUGCUCCAUUACAUGCUGCAGCAUUUUAUGGGAAUUUAAACGCAGUAAAUGCUCUAUUACAUCAUGGAGCGGAUCCAAACAGUGCAAACAAUAAUAAUUACACACCGUUACAUAGCGCAGUUUCAAAAGGGCAUAAGGAAAUAGUCCAAAGACUAUUAAAAGCUGGUUCUAGAGUUGAUGCUAUUUCCAAAGGCGAUAAUAUCAUACAUAUAGCUGCUGAACACGCUGGUACUGACGUUAUUGAUAUUCUUAUAGCUCAUGGGAUAGAUAUAAAUGUUAAAAACCAUAACGGCCAAACAGCAUUGAUUUUGGCAUGUCAGGAUUAUAACAGGCUGGACGUAGUUAGAUGUCUGAUAUCUCAGAAAGCAAAUCCAAAUAUCAAGGAAAAGCACACCAACGAGUCUGCUUUGCAUGUGGCUUGUGCAGUAGGUAAUUUGGAUAUAGUGAAAGCCUUACUCGAUGCCGGAGCCAAUGUCAAUGACGUUACAGUGUUGAACGACACUCCUCUACACUUCGCUAUCCGUAAAGGUUAUGAGAAGAUUGUCGUGGAAUUGGUAGAGAAAGGUAGUGACGUCACAGCGGUUAACAGUAGUGGUGAAAGUGCAUUAGAUAUAGCCCGAAAACGACAGUCAAAGGAAAUUGUAGAAUUUCUUAGCAAAAAAACGAUGACCAUUAAAUAUGGCUCAUGUAACACUAUGACCUUAGUUACUAAUUUAUAAAUUUAAGUAAAAUACAUAAUAAUUAAUUUUGAGAUAGGUAAAUUGGAGAAUUAUUUACUUGUUACUGUAUUUGAUAUGUCACUUCUAAUAAUAUAUUUUUGUAUUUUGAUAUAUCUAAUUAUGUAUUAUCACUAUUAUCAGUUGUUAUCUAAUUUAAAAAAAUGUAAAAUAUUAUACCGGUUUUUUAUUAUCUAUAUAUACAUAACUGUAAAAUUAUU